UAAAAUAUAUCUAGUCAUUCGGAACAUCUGGUGCCCAAAUACUCGAAUGGAAUGUAAACAAUAACAUGCUGAAAACGACUUCACAUAAAAAAUGCAGUUUUCUACGGAAGAAACAGACUCUUAUAUUUAUUGCCUUAUUCGUAAAUGUGAUUCUUUUCAUAUAUUUUGCAUUCAUUCAAAGUGCUUUGCCAACAGACAACAAAAACGGACAAAAAUAUCCCGAAAAAUUCGGUAAAAAGUUAGACUUCGAAGAUAUAACGAUAAUAAUUCGGGAAUUUGAAGAUUUUGAGAAUAAUUUAGAGGAUGACAUCAAACAUUAUAAUCAGAUAUUUGGACCAAAGAUUGACAUUUUAAUUAUUGUGGACAAAAACCCAUAUCCACCCUUAAAAUUGAACCUAACUGAAAAUGUAAAGUUAAUGAGUUUAGCUUUCGAUCUGAACAUUCCAUCAGGUUCAGAAAACAUUAUUGCAAAUAUUAAGACCAGAAAUGUGUUGUUUGUUUCUGAUGGAUGUAGGAUAGCAAACAUAUCCAACUUUAAGAUUGCUCUUCAAAAAUUCACUUCUCAAAAUUUAGUGAAGGUAUACGCAAUACAAACUGGGAGCGGGAAAUUGAGUUGCCCAGGCAUUCAAAUUGAUACGAAAAGGUGGACUGUUAAGAUUGAAGAUUUCACAGGCAUUGAAGGAUUGUGUGAUUUCAUUGAUGGAGAUCAAGCAAUGCUAAUGAAGACAGAGGAUUUAAAACAAUUAGCCAGUCCAUUCACAAGACCAGUUCAAAAAUCAUUAUAUUUUCAAUUCGCUUUAAAAAAAAAGAAAAGUUUAGUAUAUGACAAGCAAGUCUUUUUUCCAAGACUAGGCUUGCAGGAUUCAAUGAGUCAAUAUCAACAUAAACGUUUAGAAAAAUCAAGACUUGAAUCGACAUAUAAAAAGUUUGGAAUGCAUCAGAUUAUUUAUAAUCGUGAUAAACAUAAUUAUAUUGGAUGUACAAAAGAUACUGAGAGAUGUUUUGGCUCAGUUGUAAAUGAUGUUCCUGAUUAUAUUUAUCUAAAUAAAUGGACUCCACCAUGUUGUUUAAAAGCCAUAAGAGAAACUGCCUUACAUGUUUUUCAGACACUAGAAAAAAAUUCAGUUAGAUAUUGGUUAGAAGGAGGAAGUCUGUUGGGAGCUGCCAGAAAUGAAGAUAUAAUUCCGUGGGACUAUGAUGUUGAUAUUGGCAUCUAUCAAAAUGAUAUUCCUAAAUGUAAAGAAAUAUUGAAAGCAAAAGAACAGCAGUAUGUUGAUGAUGGAGGCUUCUUAUGGGAAAAAGGAAUUGAAGGAGACUUUUUUCGUGUGCAUUAUAGUGAUAUUAACAGGAAUCAUGUUGACAUUUUCCCGUUUUAUUCAAAGAAGGGAAUGAUGACUAAAAAUACUUGGUUUAAAACACACCCUCAAGAUAUGGAGUUUCCUGAACAUUAUCUUAAACCUCUAAUAACAAUUCCUUUUAUUGGAAGAAAUGUAUCUGCCCCAAAUCAUUUUAAAGAUUUUUUGGAGUUAAAAUUUGGAAAAGGUGUCAUAGAAAAUCCAAAAUAUCCAAACUCAAAUCCUGUCUAUUGAUGUUUAGUUUAUCUGCUCAAAGAGAUUAUGCUCCAUUUAUAAUGAGAUUUUUAUUAUUAAAA